GCAAAAGAUGCGUCUUGCAUAUGUAUAAACUCUACUGCAGCAGUCUAGUCAAUAUCAUGGAAAUUCAGAGUGCAAUAAAGAUGCAAGCGGAAACAGGGUACCUGAAGAGAAAUGCCUCCGGCGUGUCGUCGUCGUCCUCACGUAAUGGCCUGGAGGUGGAGAAUAUAUUUGCGGGGGGAGAGUCGAUCAUGAAAGGCACAGGCAGUGGCAGUUGCUUGGAAGUCGCGUUUUACUCCGGUAAUGAGGAUGACAACACGUGGAAUUCUAGCAAGAAAAAGACGAGCAUUCACAGGGUUUUUGUCAAUAGGAGUCUACACCUGAAUAAGAUUAGGUACUUUGGCUUCGACAUGGACUACACUCUCGCUGUGUACAAGAGCCCGGAAUACGAAGCACUCGCUUUCAAGCUGGUUUUGGAGCGGCUCUGCGAGAUCGGUUAUCCCAGCGCCCUCGGCGAUUUUGAAUACGAUCCGACGUUUCCAGUAAGGGGCUUGUGGUUUGACCAGACAUAUGGCAACCUGCUGAAGGUGGAUGUCUAUGGCAACAUCCUAGUCUGCUGCCAUGGCUUCAAGUUUCUCAAACCGCACGUCAUCCGUGAGCUGUACCCUAAUAAGUUCAUGAAGUUUGAGCAAAGUAGGAUCUUCAUUCUCAACACGCUGUUCAACCUUCCAGAAACAUACUUGCUGGCUUGUUUAGUAGACUAUUUUGACUGCAGUGAAAAGUACGAAAGAUUGACUGACAGGAAGGGAGUGAGAGAUGGAGACUUGGUAAUGUCAUACAAGUCCAUCUUCCAGGAUUGCCGUGCCGCUGUGGACUGGGUGCAUCUAGUUGGCUCGCUGAAGCAACGGACCGUUGAUGACCCGGACAAGUAUGUAAUUAAAGACGAUAGGCUUCCUGUUCUACUAGAGAGGAUGGGUGAUAAUGGUGCCAAGCUCUUCCUGCUCACGAACAGUGACUUCAAGUAUACGCAGAAGAUAAUGUCGUAUCUACUGAACACACCCGACAGAGACUGGAGGUCCUACUUUGACUACAUCGUAGUCGACUCGAGGAAACCGCUGUUCUUUGCCGAGGGAACGAUUCUACGUCAAGUAGACGAGGUAGGUGCUAUUAAUAGCCGUUGGAGAACGUUCCUGGUCGUACCGGAGCUAACACUGGAGCUGCACGUGUGGACUGACAGACGUGAACUCUACGACAAGCUACAGAACCUUGACAGUACGCUAUCAUCAUUGUACAGGAAUCUGGACAGCAGCACUAAGGAGAUUCCGGAUAUCCGCGAGGUCCAACAGAAGAUACGCAACGCCUCUCACGAGAUGGACAUGUGCUAUGGCAUUAUGGGAAGCCUGUUCCGCAGCGGUUCGCGGCAGACGUUUUUCGCCGGUCAGGUGACGAUGUUUGCAGACAUCUAUGCCGCAUCCUUCCUCAACCUGCUCUACUACCCGUUCAGCUACAUGUUCCGCGCUCCUCCAAUACUGAUGCCGCACGAGUCGACAGUCGACCACAUGGAGUGUAACUACGACCUUGAGAAAGAGUCGCAGCUGGCAUCGCGGUCCCGUAACGUGUCAACCGUCGCCGAACCAGUCGUCAACAACAUUCAGCAGGUGCUGCCUCAGGUGGCGACGCAUCGUAAGGUGAGUCUCGUCCCGCACCUGCGCGCGGAGACUCCCAAGCACCUCACCCACUAUCACGACGAGGACGACGAGGAGGAGGAGGACGACAGCAAGUCUGACCAGUCCGGCGAGAUGCUCGCCAACAAUGGGGACGCACCGCCGCCGCCGCCGCCCCGGCCGCCGCGAGCCGCGCGCUCCGGUGUGACCAUAGCAUCCUCGUGCCUCGAGUAACAACCCUCGUGCGUGCGUGCUUGCGUGAGUGCAUGCGUGCGUGCGUGCGUGAGUGCGUCCGUGAGUGCGUGACUGCCGGCUCGCGCGCGGGAGAGAGAGAGAAGACUUGCUCACGGAGGUUAGAGCGCGACCUUUGGAAGCGGGACGUCAGUGGAGGGAGGGGGGCGCGUGGUGUGCGACCAUCACCGCGUUUCCUCGCACCGCCGCGAACUACUAGCUUUCAUUUCACUGCAUCGAAUCUUCCUCCCAUCUCUUCCCCGAACACACACUGACCAAGGAUGAAUAGUCUCUCUAGAUGGUGAUGUGUAAGAUUUGGGAUGGAUGCAGUUGCGAGUUGUUGUAUCGACAUGCCGUUGUUACUGUGGUUCUUGAGACGUGACGUAUGGCCUGUAAAUAGAGUGAAAUUGUAAGACCAGCUCCGAUUUUCUUUCUUCCCGGAUGAGUAGUUGUCUAUGAGGUGAUGUUUUUGAAUGUAAUCCUGAGAGAGGAGAGGUGUGAACGACUUGCUCUGUGUGUGAACAUGUUACGUGACACCGUGCUGUGGUAAGAGUGACCUAUUGCCUGUGGCGUGCACGCACCCGACGAACAGAUAGAUGGAGUUCUCGUGAUCUCAGAUGUCUGUCAGCAGCAGCUGCUAACGUGCGCUCGUGUGCACUCUGUACUGUGACGAACCUGUCACUCAUCUCCUCCUUCCAUGCAUUAGUUUAUCAUCAGCAUAGUCGGCAGCCGGCUAAUAAGGUUGUAGAAACGAAGCUACGCAGCUCGCUCGCGUACUUUCAGUUCAAGUUUUACAUUUGCCAGUAAUAUUUUUUCAAUUUUGCAGAAUU